AUGCCUGGACGGCAGCGCGCCGGGCCCGCCGGCCCUUCACCGUCUCGGGGACCCCCAGCCUCAGCGCGUCGGGUCUGGCUUUCCGCCCCCAUCCCGAGCCUCCGGCGGGCACCCAGCGGGCCCGCGCCCUCACCUGCGCGCCCCGCCCUUCCGGUCCCGGCCCUUCCGGCCCCUCCCGGAAUUCCGGUCCCACGGGCGCUUCCGGCGCCGUCGCCCGGCAACGGCCUAACAGCUGGCCGCGCCGCGCCGGCCGCCGCCGUGCUGGACGCUGCCCGGCCGCGCCGCCCGGCCCCGCCGCCGCUGCCGCCCGGCGCCCUCCACGGUCUCUACGCCUGGCUGGACGCGCUGCCGCUCAGCCGCCGCAAGCGCCACCUGGCCCGGGACUUUAGCGACGGCGGUGAGGGGCCGGGGGCCUGCCCGGGCGUCCAGACCGAGAGCCCAGCGCUCGUCCUCCUCGGCCAGCGGGAGCCCCGGGGCCUGGUUGGCGGGACGGCCAGGCAAAGGCCGCGGCCCGGGCAAGUGAUGCUGGCGGAGGUCGUGAAGCUCUUUCGCCCCCGGCUCGUGGACCUGCACAACUACGUCCCCACCUGCAACACCGGCCAGAAGCGCAGCAACUGGAACGUUCUCAACAGGAAAGUCUUCCACAAGCUGGGUCUCAGCAUCUCAGAGGAAGAGAUCUGAAAGGUGAUCGUCAACACCCCUGGGGCCAUCGAGCCCAUCCUGUGUGGAGGCCGGCGAGGACCUGCCCGGCAUGGCUGGACACGUGGGUACCAUCACGUGGCCAUGGCCUCUGCUGUGUUGGGACACGGGCUCGUUGGCUGCCAAUGAGAGUAAAACCAGGAACCGGGGAGCCCUGGCAGCACCUGGACCCUGGGCUGCUGCAGCGGCUGCUGGAGGAGAAGGAGUGGGUGCAGGCGGUCCUGCGGGAGACCGUCAAGGUGCAGGCCUGGGCACCCUCCAAGUAGCUUGGCCCAGCAUGCGGCGAAGCGGGGGCAGCCAGGCGGGGCCCCUGACCGGGGGAGCCCGCGAGUGUAUCCCAGAGAUACCCAGAAGCAGAGGGGAACGUACAGUGGGCCUCCACCCCUCGGAGACUGAUCAACCAGCCUUGCCUGUCAUCAGACGCCAGAGACCACGAGUCAGGGGCUGCAGACUCACAGGCCUUGCCACCCAGACAUACUGGACGGCAGGCUCGAGGGCCCUGGGGCCCAGUCAGGGAGCAGAAGGCAGCUCCCUGAGACGCAAGCCUGGCUCUGGGGCGCUCGCCUUGUUCUGGGCGAGCCUGUUCCCCCUCUCGCUCUGGGUCUCCAGCACUCCCAGGUUCAGGAGGUGCUCGGGUCCGUCACUGCCAUUCAGCAACGCCUACGUGCUCUGGUUGGGCGUCCAGGCUGCAUUUUUGGACCUGAGACAGUGGGGUGGGGCGUGCAGGGCACACAGCCUCGGUGUUGGAGGAGCUGUAGAAACGGUGAUGACAGAGCAGUUCCUGCUGGCUCUGCGAAUCUUGACGCAGUUUUUUUGAGGAAGCAGGAAGGUGGCGUCAUCCUGUGGUUUGCAUCUGCUGGAUGGCAGGGAGGAAGCCCUGUCUCAGCAAGGCCCCUUGCCGCCCUCAUGCCCUGCCCGGUCUGGGCCCUAUGCUGACACUGAGGCAUGGCCACCGUGGGCCACAGAACAGCACGGUUUGAACCGCACGGUGGUGUUCACUAGAUGGGCACCAAGGCGCUGCGGUCUGCACUACAGACCCGACGGGGAGGGGCUUGUGCCCCCCCCCCCCCCCCACACACACACCAGACUGAUCAAGGACCAACUGCAUUUGAUUUUUGAAACCCAGAGGGCAAGACAGCUCACUUGCUGUCUGGGUGACACAGUCACGCUCCCGUGACUGUCACUGACGUCAGAUAAAACAGAUGUGGGGGUGGGGGGCGCAGAGGGGCAGCAUCCCAGGGCUGACGGGGGUGGGGGGGGCGGUGGUGCCGGGGUCCAAGCCUGCAGCAUCAGCUGAAACAAGGCAGCGCCGAGCCUCAGGACGCCCCUGCCCUUCACGCUCAUCGCCGAGGGGUGAGCGGCCAGCCGUGGUGUGCUGGCGCUCGGGGCCCUCGGAGGGUCGGUCUUCUGAGACGCCAGCCCCUGCCUCAGCCAGCGGGAGCCCUCUGUCCUCUGGACACGCGUUCGGGGGCAGACGAACUUCCAGAUCUGUUCACUCUUACUGCUGGGGCGUGGCGGGUGCUCUCCUUCCAGGAGGGGAGUUUGCGCCCUGGCGUUGCUUGGGAGAGGCUGGGGGGCAGUGGCAGGACAGCUGAGCAGGAGCGCUGGGUGGGCGGUCCUUGAUUGUCUGUCUGCACGGGGACGUGUUCUCAGCCGUUUCUCUUCAGGAGUGACCCCUGCACGUGAGGCUGUCCCCUCGGCAGGCUUGCUCUGAGGACCUGCCCGGCCUGGCUGAGCUGCUGGGCAGGGCUGCAAAGGGAACCGGCCAGGAGGCUCCUUGGGUCUCAGGCAGCCCCUCCCUCUCCUGGCCUGUCCUCUAUCACCUGGGGUCUCAGGCUCAUUUCAGGGACCCACGUUUCUGCCCAGAGUGGCCUGCUUGAGGGCCUUUGGUCUGAUCGCUGACAGUGUGGCCUUGCAUGGGGGCUGGCUGGACACUCAGCCUGGGGCUGAAGCUGCGUGCCACAGGAGUGUGGACAGGCGUCCCUCGGGUGUGUGUUCUUGCAGGUUCUGCAGAUGAAGGUGGCCAGGCUGGAGCACCUGGUGAAACUAAAGGACCAGCGGAUCGGCGCGCUCACGCAAUGGGGACCAGCCCCAGGGAGGGGGUACCCCGGGGCCAGAAGGGCCCCCUCCCCUGUCCACCAGACUCCAACCUCAAGCCCACUUGGAAAUCCCCUAGACUGGGUGUUUCUGGGUGUGGCCACGCACUGUCCAUCAGACGUGGAGCACCGAGGAGGGCCCGAGCCAGCGUGUCCACAAGCAGAGGCCUGGCCCCUCCUGACUGCACAUCCCGGGUGCCCAGCCGAUGCGGCCUGAGGUUCCCCUGCUGCCCCCCGCCUCCUCCCCCCCAAGAAGACCAGUUUGGACAUGAAGAUGGGUCUGGUUCCCUGGAGCCCCUGAGCGUCCUGGCGUCACUGUGAACAUGGAGCAUCUGCGGGCAGUUGUGUGCUGAGGGCGGUGGGGUGGGGGCAGCGUCUCUUGUCAGCCAACCUGCUGUCCUGGGGGCCCCGCGGAAACAGCUCGCGGAAGGUUGUGCUCCCUGAAGGGUGCCUGUGGGGACUUCACGGUGGUCACCCGACAUGGCCAGUCACCCCUCCUUGCUCUGGAGGUUUUGGGGGUCAGAGCAGAGCCAGGACCCGCAGGACGGGCUCCCCCCAGUGUAUGUGGGGCCCUGGCCCUGGGUGGGGCCGUCAGGGUGGGGGCCAGGGAGUCCUGAGAUGCCGAGGUUGGGGGCAGGGGGCUGUGUCCUGUCUGUCCUGUGUCCUGGCACUUGCGCCUUCCUGCUCCAGCCUCCAGGGUACUCCCCGCCCACCCCGCCCCCAACAACUGACUCACUGCCCCCUCUGCCGGUAUGCACUCAAACGCCCCGGGCCCCUGCAGGGUUUCAGGAAGCGGCGUCAGAGCAGAAACCUCCGUCGGUUUCAGAGCUGCUCUGAGUCAGCCCACGUCCUCCCUGAGUCAGACGUGCAGCCCUGACCCCACAGCACGGAUCCGGCCCCCAGGCUUGGAGGGACCCGGGGUUUGAGGCGGAGGGUCUGCUUCCCCAGGAGGGGCCGUGGAGGCUGGUUGGGGGGGUCGCCCAGGAGGGGCCAUCUCUCAGAUUUCUCCUGGGCACAACCUCGCCCCUGGAGAGGAGCCUCAGGAUGUGUCUGGGGGCAGGUCCGGGCUGCCCGCUGUGGGAUCCAGGCUGCAAGCAGCCCCCACUGCUCCAGGAGCCGCAGAGGGGGAUGGGCUCCGCAGCCCAGAGCUCGAAGUGUCUCGGAGCCGGGGGCAGGAGCGGGCUUAACAGGGCACAAGGCCGGGGGGCCUGUGGAGGACCGUGCCCCCCACCCCGCCAGCUGAAGUUUCCGUGCCACCCGCAGGGACAGGAACGCAGAGGAGCAGCCAGGGUGGGGGUCGGGCCAGGGCACACUGAUUCAGCCUGGCUGGUGGCCAGGUGGCUGUGUGCUGGGCAGUGGGUUAUGGGCAGAGCUGGCCAGGCCUGGGCCCUGGGGAGACGCAGAGGCAGGCUGUCCCUGGAAGAACAUGAGGCGAGGCUGCUCUGUGGCCACCCGCUGACCCGAGCUGCCCGUGCCAUCUGCUCACUGCUGCUGGCCAGGGGCAGCUGUCUGCUGUUAGAGGCCUGGUGAACUCACUGUGAGCUCACCCCAGCUUUCCCCUUGAACGGUGGGUGCAGAGACAGCCCCUGGGGAUUAAUGAUGUUAAAGUCAGGCUCCCCCCCCCACCCCAACCCGGACAGACACCAGGGCCUGUUAGGUGUCCGCCUCCAUGGGUGUGGGUGGACACCCGGGGCCUGGCAAGACAUCUGGCAGAUCUUUUUGCACUUGUUAUUUCAUGAUUUUAAAAACAUUUUUAAGGGGAGACCCUUGGAGGUGCAGAGGUGUGAAUGACAGCCUGCAGACCCACAGGGACGCCCCCUGCCCAGGGUGGGCAGAGGCAGCCUGCCCCUGGGCCUCCCCAGUCUCCUCCGCGAAACGCGGCCGUAGAGGUGCUGAGGAGGCCACGCCCUCACUACCCCUGAGGCCCCCAGGCUGGUCCAAGGACGGCCCCGUGUGGCCAGGGCAGGAAUCACGCCCUCCUGAGUCUGAGUGAACUCCGCGAGUUGGUGAUGGACAGGGAGGCCUGGUGUGCUGCGAUUCAUGGGGUGGCAAAGAGUCGGACACGACUGAGUGACUGAACUGACCCUCCUUAAAAAUGGCAAGAGGCUGUGAUGCGGGGCUGGAGCCCUGGUGACCUUCCUGCCCGCAGAGGGCUGGAGGGCUCUAUGCUAAUUCCCGUGUCAGCCAGAAACCCUCCAGGCCUCCACCCACCUGAACGCAGGUGAGCGGUGUGGACUGCACCACGGAGCCCGCAGUGUACACGGAAACGCCAGUGGCCUCCAGGCCUGUGGGAGCUCCUGGCCUCCCCCCGCUGCCCCCAUGAUGCCCUCCCCAGCUUGCCACGUCUGUUUCCGUGAUUUCUGAAGCAACUGAUCCGGCCUUUCCUUCCCAGAUGGGUUUCGAGUGAGCGCCACCGACGCUGGGGAGAUGCUGGCCAUGGCGAGCUGGACGUGCUGCUGUGGACGCGGCUGGGGGCGGGGGGCGCCCACGGGGCUGCUACAGAGGAAGGUCCUCCCGACGGGGUGGGCGGUGCUGGGGCUGCGACCUUCCCGGAAGCCCCGCCCUGCCCACGUGGCACGCCGCAGUCCAGCGGGAAGUGGGGCCUGGGGCGAGGGGCGGACCGCCCCCUGAAACAGAGCCGGGAUGGGGGAUGAGAACAGGCGGACGUGUGGGAGGAGGGGCCUUGGGAGCCCAGCAAGGCUGACUUCUGAGCAAAAGCGUGAAGAAAGCCGGGGGCUGCAGCUCAGAGGCGUCGGGGGGCGGGGUGGGUGGGUGCGAGGCUGAGGCUGAUCGGGGCUGCGGCGCCUCUGAGGUGGCCCGAGCUCCUGGGCGUUGCUGAUGCCUCACGGCUAGGGCUCCAGAAGGCAGGGGCGCGGGUGCUUGACCACAGGGCCAUAGGGCCAUCCUGGAGGGUGGGGUGGAGGUGGACCCCGGGCUUCCUGCUCCCGGGCUUCAAGGCUGAGAGCGAGCCAGGCCGCGUUUCUGCUCCUGAAGGUGCAACAGCUGGCCUGGUGAUGUGGAUGUAUUAAGUGUUCUCUGACACGUGAGAAACACCUUUCCAGAGGAAAAACACCCUAGCUGCACAAAAUGUGUGAGAAGUGAACUAGUGGCAGCUUCCAUGAAACCAUCGCAGAUUGUAAAGUGAUUAUUCUCCAAAUAAAAAGCGUAUUAAAAAACUGA